UCAACAGAAGAAAGAAGCAAAAGAACACGAUGGCUAUGGAUCAUAUGAACAUCGCUACAAUAUCCUUGCUAUUGCUGUUGGCAUCCACUGCCCAUAUUGCCCAAUCUGCUGACUUUGAUGUUCAGAGUUAUGGAGCAAAGCCUGGUGCGGAUAUUGCUCAGGCUUUGACAAGCGCUUGGAAAAAAGCAUGCGCAGCAGGAGGUUCAAGUAAAGUUGUGAUUCCAGAAGGCACAUACAAGUCAGGCCCAGUGACUUUUGAAGGUCCAUGCAAGGGUCCAAUUGAGGUUCAGCUUGACGGAACCCUACAGGCCCCAGCAGACGCCACCCCGCACAAGGGUGGAGGUUGGCUAGUUUUUUUGCGUGUCGAGGAUUUCACUCUAUCAGGCACUGGAACACUAGAUGGCCAAGGAACUAAUUCUUAUAAAGCAAAUCAUUGUGGCCCAAACGUCAACUGCGAUUUAUAUCCCACGAGUUUAAGGCUCGACUUCAUCACAAAUGGAGUAGUCACAGGCAUUACAUCCAAGGAUGCCAAAAGUUUCCACAUUAACCUUUUCGGAUGCAAAAACAUGACGGUCGAACAUGUUACCAUCACUGCACCCGCAACAAGCCACAACACCGAUGGAAUCCACAUUGGACGUUCAUCUGGGAUCACAGUUGCUGACACGACCAUAGCAACUGGUGAUGAUUGUGUCUCCCUCGGUGAUGGAAGCCAAGAUGUUACUAUCCAAAGAGUUAAAUGUGGACCCGGCCAUGGCAUCAGCAUAGGAAGUCUUGGCAAGUACAAGGAUGAACAGCCUGUUUCUCAAAUAAAAGUUCUAGAUUGCACCAUUACCGGCACGACGAAUGGCGUAAGAAUCAAAACAUGGCCUGCCUCCGCCGGUGCCGGCACCGCAAGCGGCAUAGUUUUCAAGGGCAUUAUAAUGGAUAAUGUCGCCAAUCCUGUCAUCAUCGAUCAAGGGUACUGCCCAUACGGUCAAUGCAAAGCACAGAUUCCUUCUACAAUUAAGAUAAGCGAUGUGACCAUCCAAGACAUUAAUGGGACAUCAGCAACUGCAAAGACAAUCCAGUUUAUCUGCAGUAAGGGCGUGCCAUGCGAGGACGUGAAGGUUUCAAACAUUGACCUUACGUACAAGGGAAGCGAGGGAACUGCUAAGACCGUUUGUGAAAAUGUGAAGCCCACGGUCACCGGCACGCAGAACCCUCCUCUUUGUCCUGAAGGCGAGUAAAUAAGCUGCACGAGCAAGAAGAAAUACAAUGCUUUUUCAAACAUAUGCAGCAAAUCUGCAUGCAUCCUUUUAAUAUAAUGAAAAUUUUGACAAGUCAAAUAAUAAUGUAGAUAGCAAUAACAUUAUUAUGCAAUUGUAUCUCUUCUCUACUUCUGGUACACAUGCAUCGAAUUUGUUCCCUCUUGAAGUUCUCAAUAAUAUUAUUCAAUUCUCCAGAAACGUUAUGCAAGAGUA